AUGGCUGCCCAGGUACCAUAUGGCAGUUUGCCGCAUCUCGAUUUUGCUGCCAUUGCAAGCAUCAGAACUCUUGAUGUGCUGCCCGAGCUUUGCUUAUUGCUUACAAAACGCCUCCACUCGGAAUACCACAUGGGGUUCGGUUUCCAGCCAUAUAGGACUUCAAGUCCCAUCCUACGCAGAAACCAUAAAAGAAAAGGGCGAUGGGACGAGCAAGGAUCUCCUUUUGCCGUAAAGCGAGAAAGUCACCAUCAGGAACCUCGCAGCCUGCCACAAGGCCUGAUUGGAUGCAAUGUGAACCGGGCGCUGUAUGAUUGGACAGGUCAUCAUUUCUUUCUAAGGUAG